AUGGCCACCAAGUCGGUAGAAGAUAGUGUUUCUCCGCACAACGAUGACCCCGAAGUCAUUUACCCACGAGUGCACAAAAACUUUGUCACUAGGAUCUAUCAUGAACCUUGGUUCCAGAUCGGCCUUGUUUCAGUGAUUUCCUUUUGCAAUCCUGGAAUGUAUAAUGCACUCACCGGCAUGGGAGGCUCUGGCCAAGUCGACAGCACAAUCUCCGCCAACGCCAACGUCGCAACUCAUGCAUGCACAGCGGGAGCAGCACUGCUUUUGGCGGGCUCCUUUUACAAGUACCUCGGGCCACGUGUAUGCCUCCUCAUCGGCGGAUGGACCUAUGCCCUCUAUGCCGGAUCACUGUUGAAUUCCGACAGGAGGAAGAAUGGCGGCCCUUUCGUGAUUGCAGCCGGCGCGAUUCUUGGUUUGGGGGCGGCCUUUUUUUGGGUUGCGCAAGGAACCAUCAUGGUCACUUAUACCAACGAUAACACGCGCGGCAGAGCCAUCGGGGUAUUUUGGGUGAUAUUCAACCUCGGUGCAACCAUUGGCUCGCUGGCCAGUUUUGGUCUCAACUACAACUCAAAAUCCGGGACGGUGACAGACUCGACAUAUGUAGCCUACAUUGUUGUCAUGCUCUUUGGAUGGCUUUUAUCGGUGUUUGUCUGCUCAACCGAAAAUCUUUCUGGACACUACCACGGCAAUCGCAUCACUCAAGAGUCCAAGGCUGUCAACUGGACGAACCUCAAAAGAACUGUGAUGGAGACACUGCGUACAGUCUUCAACUGGAAGAACAUGUGCCUCUAUCCCAUGUUCUACACUGCAAACGUUUUCUAUUCCUAUCAACAGAACGCUGUCAAUGGCAUGACAUUCAACCUACGCACACGCGCUCUCAAUGGAGCCCUCUACUGGAUCGCACAAAUGGCAGGCGGGCUUCUGAUGGGUUUCAUGCUAGACCUCCAAAUUGUCAAUCGUCGCACGCGAGCCAAGAUUGGCUGGUCUAUACUAUUCGUCACCGGGAUGGCGAUCUGGGGCGGAGGCUACCGUUUCCAAGUCUGGGAUACCCAGCGUUUACGACAAGGUCUGAAGCAGGAUAUCGAUUACAAAGCAGGAAGUGAAUACCUCGGACCAAUGUUUCUCUAUUUCUUUUAUGGCGCCUAUGAUUCAUUUUGGCAAUCAUUCUGCUACUGGAUUAUGGGGGCUCGCUCCCGCGACCCUGUAGUAAAUGCUGUCAUUGUCGGAGCCUAUUCGGCAUUGAAGCCAGCAGGCGGUGCGAUGGCCUGGAGAAUAAACGCCGAGGGCGUCAGUGCCAUGACUCAGUUUGCCAUGAACUGGGGUCUAACUGCCGGUAGCCUGUUGGUUGCUAUUCCAACGGUGUUGACUAUUGAACGGGGAGAUUCUAAAAUCGAGCCCUCGAGUGACCACGAGUGA